UCAACUAAUCUGUGCGUGUGCUUUAGUCUAUUGCAGUGUAAAUAAAUAAAUCAGUUUCUAGUUGUGUAAAGAAAAAGAGCCAUCCUGGGGAUGAUUUCAAAUAAAAAUGAACAAAAUGUUGGCCUCCUUGAAAUCGUUUUUGAUACGGAAAUCCCCAACGAGUUUUGAAAUGAAACAGAAUUCCUCAUCCUACUUACUUAUAAUUUUGAUAAGUAUUCUCGAGGAUGUUUUACUGUGGAAAAAAAUGUGGAUGUCAUUGUUAUUCUUUCUAUUUUUUAAUAUUGUUUUUAUGGUGUGCUUGUAUCGACAACUGAAUUUAUUACAAUUUAUAAUCGGAUUUUCAAUUGUAUUUAUAAGUUGCGAUGCAUUUGAAACUUGGUUAAAGUAUAAGCAUCGUACUACGUCAUGUCUAAAACGCUUAGCUUCGCAUGAUAAUCGGAAAAUUAAUACAGCAGUGUCUGCUGUUAGCAACUGGAUUAAAAGACAUUGCAAAGAAUUUGUUUAUUUACGCAAUGAUAAUCAUACCAAAGCAUUUCUACUUCUCCAAAUCAUAUUGAACAUAAUUUUCUUCAUUGGAAGGUAUACUAGUGGAUACACAUUACUCUAUUUGCUAUUUACCAUGUUGUUUUUCCUGCAUAAAUUAAUUCCACCAAUAAUAAGGGUGUAUAAAAAAGUUCAACAGAAUGCAGAAUCUGAGUUUGAAUUGGAGGGGCUAGUACCAGAUGCAUCUGAUGUAAAUUUAGAUUUAUUGACUAUUGAACCAGAUCAGAAGCCAUUGUCAGAUGAUAGACAAAGUUUAGAUUAUUGGAAACCAGAAGAUUUGCCAAUAGAAGAUGCAAGUGAUAGUUCAGAUAAUAGUAGUUCUCUUGUAAGAAAUUUAUCUAUAGAAAAAAUGCAAACACUUUCAAAAGAUGUUGAUGUUACAGAUUCUAGUGAAGAUGAAUAUAUACCAGAAGAACAGCAACCUGAACAGUACCAAUCUUCCUUAGAGGUGCAACCAUCUGGCAUUUGGACCAAUGCUGCUUUCAGUAUGCUAUCAAAUAUCAAGGGAGCUGUUGUUAACAUGGUAUACAAUCCCCAGGAUGCAAAAAAGAGAAGAAGUGUUUCUAGUGUAGAUUCAUCUGAUGGGUUUGAAAUGAUUGAUAAAAAUGAAUUGUAGUAUAUUUGUGGUAAAGAAAUAACAAUAUUUUAAAUAUAAUAUUAUUAUUUUAUUGUAAUACAAAUGAAUUAUUUAUUAAAACUUUUAGUUGAGAUGUACUUAAACUAUACAUUACAAGACAUAUUCUCUAAUCUAGACAUCAAUUCCUGGUGUUGUUUUUUUAGUGCCCUUAGACGAAUGCUGUUUAAUGCAUUCCGUGCAACCAGUGCUUCUAACAUAGGACGUGAAACCUUAGGAGAUAAAAAAAAUUAUGUUGAUAAAUUAAUUUUAAAACCUCUUCAGAGAUAUGUAACGACUCACAAUAUCAUCGAAAAUAGUAAACCUAAUAUCUUAAUUAUAAUUUUAUGGAUAAUGUACUAUGGAUAUUUAUCAGGUUUUAAAUUGAACUGUUUACGAAUAAUGCAUAAUUGUCUAUUAUAAAAUAUGUUCUUAGUGACUAGCAAUUGAAUGUCAAUAUAUUAGUGUUUAAUAUUAAAUAAAUAAUUACCUUUUCAACUAUAUGCCCUAUGGCAAUGGUCCUCACAGCUGAAUUGUGCUGUUUGUUAAUUAUAUCAUCUGUUUCAAUUUCACCAGCUUCAUUUUUAAAUGCCUCAUCUUCCUCUUCUUUUAAUAUAGCUGGUAGCUGUGUCAAAAUCUGUUAAAGUGAAAUUAUUAUAAGUAACAAUAAAAUUCAAUCUGAUUAUGUGGCAUUAA